GGAUGCGCUCAUGUUAGUACCGGAAGUGGUUCAGUGCGCAUGUCUAAACGGUCGCGGGAGGUUUGGCGUUUGGUUUGAAUGGUGUUCAGCGGCGAGUGAGACAAACACUCGAAGAAAUAAUAAGUCGUAUUAUGUAGCGCAGAUAAUGGCCGAUUUAUCUAACCUGACCGGGUCAGGCGCCGAUCCGGCCGGAGAAACAGAUUUAUCCGUAUCUUCUGCUAGCAACCGGAGUUUACGUUUGGCGGAAAAAGAAAAGAAGAAAGGCGAGGCGGAUCCUUUCGGGCGUGCGCUGAAGUAUCUGUCUCAGGUGAAAGCUGGUACAGCAGUUAGAGGGAAUGAUGAAUUGGAGAGGAAUCUGGUGGUGGUGGAGAUGGUGGCUCUUAGCAAUGGUCUCCAACCGAAGGUCAUUGCAAUGCUUCUGGACAUGGCUUUAAGCCUCAAUGCAGGAACUGCCAACUGUACACGGGUGCUCAAGUUUCUUAUACCCGCCACAGUGGUGCCUCAAGAAGCUAUUGUAAGAGGGGUGUCAUGGCUUUGUACAGGGAAAAUGCCAAUGAAUGCACAGGUUCUUUUUGUACGAUGGGUGCUGACCGUUUUUGACUUGAUUGACUGCAAAGACAACUUGAGGGCGAUUUAUGGCUUCAUUUUUAGCUUUGUGACUGAAGAAAAUCUGUGCCCUUUCAUCUGUCACUUGUUGUAUCUUUUAACCAUGAGGGAACAUGUUCAUCCAUACAGAGUGCGAAAACUCUUGGAUAUUCAGGCUAAAAUGGGCAGACAGCCUUUCCUCACACAACUUCUAGCUCUCUACAAAGUGUUUCGGCCUGACUUAGUGACAGUCUCUGUUUCAUCGAGACUUAAGACUGGCUUUAAGAAUCACAACUCCACCUGGAAAGUGGCUCUAAGUGCUGUACAAAGGAAGAACAAAGGUGCAGUUCAGGUUGAUGACAGCCUGACUCUGGAUGUGAAAGAGAAGGCAUCAUCCAGAAAGAGGAAACGGCAUCACCUGGAAGUGCCUCCGUUAAGUUCGGUGUUCGACAGCAACUCCAAGAGAAAAGUUUUCCGUCUGCAGGAGCUCCGUUCCUUCAAGCAGCUACUGGAGAACGUUGACAAUAUUGAGCUGCCUGCCCAGAUGGGUUCUCUGCUGGGAUCGUCGCUGUCGCUGCAUUACCUGGACUGUGUGCAGGAUGAGUCCGCCUUCCUGCGCCUUAACUUCUGGCUUGGACUUUCAUUGCAAGAGGAGUUUUUGCUAUGUCCUGUGGAUGAGAGUUCUGACAACACUUCUGAUGCCUGUCGCUUCCUGAGCACCAUCCUCUCCUCACAGCGGUUCCUGCAGGAGGGUUUCUCCAGCACGGAGACUUUCCUUUAUAAGUUCUUGAGUGUGUGGGAUGGCUGUCUGCUCCGGCCGCAGAUCCUGGAUCUUCUCAGUGACAUUCCCUUAAUGCCCAGCUCCUACAUGAAACAACUUCUUUUCAAGCCACUGAAACAGCUUUAUUUUACAUCCACUGUGUUUUUUAAGUGUAGUGUCAUCGAGUGUCUGAACAGCAUGCUGGUAAAGUGGCUGACAUGGCAUUCAGUCAGUGCGGUGGAGGGUGGCUUGGACAUUAGCCUCAACAGCAAUAGCACCAUGGCUAUGUCCUUGUCUGGGUUUAUGCACUCUGUCAUGGAGCUUGUACGCUUUGUUGGUCUGCUGGCAUCUGAGGGACUCCGUUUGGAGAAUUGCCACAUUCUGCUUCUCAACCAGACACUUGACUUCUAUGAGACGGUGUGUGACAUGUUUUUGAAGUUCAGCUUGCCACUGAUCAUCAUGCCCCCAGCUGGUGUUUUCUACCCAGCUCUCUUUGCAACAGACUCAAUCAGCGUGGAUCGACUUGGCUACAUCAUGUACAGGUACCGGAAAAACUUAACCUUGGCUAAGAAACAGGAGCAACAGAGAGAGCAAACAUUUCACAUAAGCAGAAAUACAUACAAGGAGUUUAAUCGGAAUCUUCAAGCCAUGGUGAAUUCCAUGUGGAACUCCUCAUGGUGCCUUCCUGGAUCGGACCUUGAGAUUGACAAGGAUCUAAUCGAUCUAAGCAAAGUGCCGGAACCCGGGUGCCGUUUCGACCUCAUCCACCACCCUGCGCUUUUCAGCUACGCCAUCGAAUUUCAUCAGAGGUGUUGGCCAGAGAGGAAGAAUGUGGAUCUUGGAUCCAUAAAGGUUGGAAAGUACUGGAGCUGGUAUAUGGAGUUUCUUUUUAAUCAGGGCUUUGAUGGCCUCAGCAACUUUAUUCAGACCAACACCGGUCACAGCUCCUCUUCGUCGAGUAGUCGAGAUAACCAGCAGCCCACGAGUCAGCCUUGAUGCUUGACAACACCAGUUUUGCUUCAAAUGACAUGUAUAUAUUUUAUUAUCAUUCUCAGAGAAGAACUACCGCUAUAUUGUAAAUAUUUUGUAAAUGUACAUUGUCUUUCAUGAGAACCAUUUAGUUGGCUUUUAAGCAUAUUUUUGUCAGUUUUUUAAUCUUUCCUCCAGAAAACUUUUGUACUAAACCGAAACAUUGUAAUAUUUCUUAUACUUGCAGAAAAAAUUAUGGCUAAAUCUUUGAGUUUCUACUUGGCUUGCCAUUUAAAGCACAACACUCAUUAUUUAUAUUGAUUUCAAAAUGAAUGCUCGACAUACAGUCUGGUUUAUUAUUCCCAUCGGCCAAAUGCAGCUAUGUAUCUGAUCAAUCUUAUAUUAAAACAACUCCUCCGGUAUUGCAUGAGGUAAAGCAGUCUCUUGCAGGUGUUUGCCAUUUUUCUUUUACGAAAGGAUUUGAUUGUCCAUUAGACUUAUUGCUCCAAACUGGACUUGUUUGGAUUGUAAAUUAUUGCCUGCUAGUUGCACUAAGAGUCUUUGUAUAAUACGAGUAUAGAUUUCGGAUGAAUUCACAGGAAGACACAUUGGAGAAUGCACCUUGGAAUAAAAGUCUUCCACAAAUGAA